AUGAAUACUUAUGCUAGCUUGUUCCACACGUCACUCCAAGUCCUCUUGCAGAAGUUAAGCUCACAGUUCAAAGGGAUGAGAUACGCACUUGGAGAUACUUAUUCAAUGACCAAAGUAAUUAUGGAGAAGCCUGUUCCACUUGGGACGUUGGAGGUGAAAAAAGCUUGUUGUGGUAAAGGGAAGUUGAAUGCAGAGUUACCAUGUAAACCAGAUUCGAAUUUGUGUCAAAAUCGUCAUAGCUACUUGUUCUGGGACCAAUACCAUUUAACACAAGCUGCUUCUGGGAUGUUAGCCAUGUAUCUGUAUGAAGGUGCUCCAGUUUUGGUGUCACCCAUGAGUUUCGGUGAAUUGGCCGUUGCAUAG